AUUCCAUCUAUAAUAUAGCAAUUGUUACUAGCUUUUAGUUUGUGAACUAUCGUACUUGUGUUGUCGUGGUUUUAUUAAUAAUUAAGAUUUCUGAAAAAAAAAUCCUCGAUAACUGUUUCACGCUAAAUAUAAUCAGAUUGCAAUAUGAAUGCGCCUCCGACAUUUGAAUCAUUCCUUUUAUACGAAGGAGAGAAAAAAAUAAUCAAAGAACAAGACACUAAAGUUCCCAAUGCUGCGAUUUUUACUGUUAAUAAGGAAGAUCAUACCCUAGGAAACAUGAUCCGAAAUCAGUUACUGAAGGAUCCUCAAGUUUUGUUCGCUGGAUACAAAGUUCCACACCCAUUAGAACACAAGUUUGUGAUUAGAAUUCAAACUACAUCAGACUAUACGCCACACGAAGCAUUUAUGCAUGCUAUUACAGAUCUCAUAGCAGAACUUUCAUUAUUUGAAGAACGUUUCAAGGAAGCUAUUAAGGAGAAGAAGGAAGGAUUAGAUUAAAUCAUAAGUUAUUCUUGAUAUUGAUUUUAGAUAAUUAAGAAAAUAUGUAAAUAAGAUGUCAACUUUUUGGAUUACUAAGAGACCCAAUUUAUUACAGUUACUUGCAUUUGUAUGUAAGAACAACUAAAUAAAAAUUUUAGAAAGUAAAAAA